AUGCGUGCCGUCGCCCUUCUCUCUGCUGCCGCCCUUGUUGGCGUUUCCUACGCCACGACUGGCGAAACAGUUACGGCCACUAGCCUUCAGGUCACCGCUGUGAAUGCAGAGGAUGGUGUUGGAGCUGGAACAGACUCUUACACCUACUACACUGGUGAUGGCUCUACUGGCGCAGGCUGGCCCGCUGCGUCCAGCUGGGUUUCCUUCAACGAAAUGUUUGAGGCCAACAAAGCGCACAUGUCGAUUAGCUGCGACUGGAUGGGCGUUCCUGAUGAUAGUGAUGAUGAGAUCCAAGAGCUCCAGGACGCUAUCAACCAAGUUGCCCAAGAAACCUUUGUCGAUCAUCGCUUCAUUCUCGCCGUUGUCCUCCAGGAGUCUAAUGGAUGCGUCCGUGUCCACACAACAGGCAAUGGCGUUACCAACCCGGGCCUGAUGCAGAGCCAUGCGGGUUCAGGCACCUGCAACGACAACGGUUCUGUUCAGAACCCAUGCCCAGACUCUGAAAUUGUUCAAAUGAUUGAAGACGGAACUGCCGGUACUGAUAGUGGUGAUGGUCUUGCUAACUGCAUUAACAACGCUCAAACCUCCGAUGUUUCUGCAUACUAUCGUGCCGCUCGUAUCUACAAUUCUGGGUCCAUCGCUGCUGAUGGAAAUCUUAGCAAUGCGAAUGGUGCUACUGCAUGCUACGCGUCUGAUAUUGCUAACCGCCUUACGGGCUGGGUUAACGCUGCCUCUACUUGCGCGUGA